AUGGCCAGCAGGCUGACGCGUGCCUUCCCCUCCUUGGCACUGUCGGCUGGGAUCUCUGGGUGCCGGCGGCUCCCCCUAAUGGACGCUCUGCUCCCCGGACUGGUGGCUGUGAUGAAGCGCGCUGUACAGAGCUCCGCCGGCCCGGCCUCCAGCCUCCGUUCUCUGCGCUUCGAUAACCGGGCGCUGCGCUGUCUGCCAGUGGAGGCCGGGGAGGGCCAGGACGAUGAGGCCGUCCGCUCCCGCCAGGUUCCCGGGGCCUGCUUCUCCCCGGUCCGGCCCACCCCCAUAGAGAACCCCAAGGUGGUGGCCCUGUCCCAGCCGGCGCUGGAUCUGCUCGGCCUGCAGCUCGGGGUGGAGGAGGAGGAAGAGGCCGCUCAUUACUUCAGCGGGAACCGGCUACUCCCCGGAUCACAGCCCGCCGCACACUGCUACUGCGGACAUCAGUUCGGGAGCUUCGCCGGACAGCUGGGGGAUGGCGCCGCCAUGUACCUGGGAGAGGUACUGAACCCGGCAGGGGAGAGGUGGGAGAUCCAACUGAAGGGAGCCGGACUCACCCCUUACUCCAGACAAGCAGAUGGUAGAAAAGUGCUGCGAUCCACUAUUAGAGAGUUCCUGUGCAGUGAAGCCAUGUUUCAUCUUGGAAUACCAACUACAAGAGCUGCAUCAUGUGUCACCUCAGACUCCACCGUGAUCAGAGAUAUCUACUACAAUGGCAACCCCAAGAAGGAAAAGUGCACUGUAGUUUUAAGGGUUGCUCCUACUUUCCUAAGGUUUGGAUCAUUUGAGAUUUUUAAGCCAGUUGAUGAAUUUACAGGCCGGCAAGGUCCUAGUGUCAACAGAAAUGAUAUCCGAAUUCAGAUGCUGGAUUAUGUCAUUGGCACGUUCUACCCAGAAAUACAGGAGAAGUAUGGAGGAAACAACACAGAAAGAAAUGCUGCUUUUUUCAGAGAGAUAACAAGGAGGACUGCACAUCUGGUUGCUGAAUGGCAGUGUGUUGGAUUUUGCCAUGGAGUGUUAAAUACUGAUAACAUGAGCAUUGUUGGGCUUACUAUCGAUUAUGGACCUUUUGGCUUUUUGGACAGGUAUGACCCAAAUCAUAUCUGUAAUGGUUCUGAUAAUAUGGGCCGUUAUGCAUACAGCAAGCAGCCAGAGAUUUGUAAGUGGAACUUGGGAAUGUUUGCCGAGGCUCUGGUCCCAGAGCUUUCCUUGGACAUGAGUAAAAAUAUACUUGAAGAAGAGUACGAUGCAGAAUUUCAAAGACACUAUAAUGCAGAAAAUGAGGAAGAAGUUGGGACUUCCUAAACUAGAACUGGAGGAGGACAGCAAAAUUAAUCUCUGAUUUAAUGGACACCAUGAAUCUUACAGGCUCAGAUUUUACCAACACUUUCCGGGUUCUCAGUAAAUUCUCAGGAUGCUCCUCUGAUAUUGAUGACUUCUUGAGCACAGUCACUGAACAGUGUGCUACCUUGGAGGAAUUAAAGGUUGUAUACAAGCCUAAAAUGGACCCAAGGCAACUUUCAGUGUUGCUGAUGCUGGCACAGAGCAAUCCUCAAUUAUUUGCAUUGAUUGGGUCAAAAGCAAACAUAAACAAAGAGUUGGAAAAUAUUGAAAAAUUUGAAAAACUUCAGGCAUCCAGUGAUGAGGAUCUACUGAAUAAUAACCAAGAGCAUUGGAAAGAGUGGCUUCAGAAAUAUAGUGCACGCUUGGAGAAAGAACAGGAACAUUCUGAAGACAUGAAGACUUUACAUGCAGAGCGGGUUAAAAGUGAUGAAUUCCAAUAACCCAGCGCACAUCCUGAGAAAUUAUAUAGCUCAGAACGCCAUAGAGGCAGCUGAGAAUGGAGACUUUACAGAGGUGAGGCAUGUCCUGAAGGUUCUGGAAAAUCCUUAUGAAGUGGAGGAAAGUGAAGAAAUCCCUGAGCUUGCUGAAGAAGAACGUCUGGAAGCUUGCGCUUCUGCUGUCUGUAGGCCCAAAAUUCUUUCCAGACUUCCGUACAGCAGCAAACCUCCACUUUGGGCUACAGAGCUAUGUGUCACCUGA